CAUAAUGGGAGAUGCAAAUGCUGCCAAGGAUCACUGUUCUCUCCAUCAACAUAUGUGUGAACCUAAAAAAAGGCCCUUGUUGUCCCCAUAUGGCUUAUCGAACAGAACCACCCUGUCCAAGCCCUCCACAUUCACAGACGAGACUGUUGAAGUAGAGUCGGUUCCAGAACUCAGGCCUGAACUCAGAGAAACACAUGGUCUGAACUCCAGUGUCACCUUUCAGAAUGAAGAUCUCCAUGGGGAAUCUUAUCCUUACAGAACUUCAAAGCAUUCAGUUCAUGGCUUUGUAGUGGUGGAAGAGUCGGACCUUCUCACAUCUCCUCUUAUUAGAACACAUAGCAGGUAUAAGGACACCAGUGACAAAAAGAUCCAGUCCACCUCUUUCAAAUCCUCAGAAGAGAACCUCAGCUCUCAAAAACUGAAAGCAGAUUUGGGUGAAGAUCUUUUGGAGUUGAUUCCUUUGAAGUCCUCUGGGGACAUCACUGAUUUGGAUUCUAUAUUGAAUGUGAAGCGUUCAGGCAGUCAAAAGAAUCUGGCCCGAUCUACAGUUCAUUCAGAACAUGAGUUAAACCAGCUGACUGAAGAAGGUUAUUUACUUACUUCUGGGACAUCCAGUAAAGUAUCCCAACAGGCUUUGGUUGAUGACCUCUCACAAAGAGGCCAUGGAAUGCCAGUUGGCACUGGCCAAGCUGAUAACAAUCUCUCAAGCACAGCAAGAGUUGCACUUAAACAUGGUGAUGUUGUAGUAGGAUUGGAUGGAAGGAGUUACAAGCUUCUUGGUGGAAACCCAGGGCCUUUUGGACCUCCAGGGAAAAGAGGGUGUGCAGGUAAAAUGGGCUAUAUUGGAUACAAAGGUGAUAAGGGUUCUCGAGGAGUCCGAGGAGCAGAUGGGCCAAGAGGCAUGACAGGAUCACCGGGCCCACCCGGACUCCCUACACUUUACCUUUGGAGGAACACGGAGGAGGACUGGACUGCAUUCAGGAGAACAUCUUAUUAUCAGCUUCUGGCAGCUGGAUGGCCUAGAGAAAUAGGCCUCCCUGGACCAAUGGGUGAGAGAGGGAGAACUGGGCUACCUGGGUUUUCCGGAGAUCCAGGCCAGGCAGGGCCACCAGGUCGCAGAGGCGAUAUGGGUGGCAUGGGACCAAAAGGAGUCCAAGGCCGGGCAGGGACUCAAGGACGAGGUGGAGAGAAUGGGUUGGAUGGGGUAACAGGACCUCCAGGGGUAUCUGGGCUGCAGGGUCCUCUUGGUUACAAAGGUGAGACAGCGCCCCCUGGAGACAAAGGAGAUGAGGGUUUUCCUGGUGCACCUGGCCCCAGUGGAGGUAGAGGACAUGCUGGCCAAAAAGGCUCAAAAGGAGAAAUGGGAUUCACUGGCUCUGUGGGUCCUCUAGGACCUGUUGGUUUACAAGGUGUUGAAGGGAUUCCUGGCCCACCCGGCCCUGAUGGGAAUCCAGGAUAUGCUGGAAAACUUGGUCCUCAGGGGCCAUUGGGAGCGUCUGGUGCUACAGGAUUGGUUGGUGCACAAGGGGUUAAUGGCUCAGAAGGGGAUGAUGGACCUGCUGGCCCUGUUGGGCGGAAAGGCCCACAGGGCCCUAGAGGGUUAGAAGGAGAUAGAGGCCCACUUGGUCAUCCAGGCUCCCAGGGGCUUCCAGGUCAAGAUGGCCCACAGGGCCUUAAAGGUGACAUCGGACCAGAGGGUCCAACAGGCAACAGAGGGCUACAAGGCAUUGAAGGGUCCAUGGGUAUGCAUGGGUAUCCAGGUCCAAAAGGUUUUCCAGGUGUCACAGGCAAUAGGGGCCUGAAUGGAGAGAAGGGCGUUGCUGGACCCAAGGGGAGAAAAGGACCACGAGGAGUGCCAGGGAUCAUGGGCCCUCAGGGUGAGAGGGGCCAAUCAGGCCUCCCUGGUUUAUCUGAUGUCAAAGGUCAGCCAGGUGCUCCAGGUAUCCAGGGUGAAGAUGGUGAAGUGGGUCCUCAGGGAAUGCUUGGAAAAGAGGGUCAGAAGGGCAGUAGGGGUGAACCAGGUUUUAAUGGAAGAAUGGGCCCCAGAGGAUCCAGAGGUCGAGCAGGCCAACAUGGUCCCACUGGUAUACAUGGAAUAGUGGGUUUACGAGGUCCAGCUGGUGCAGAGGGACCAGAAGGAAAGCCUGGUACACAGGGUUUUUCUGGUUCUGUUGGAAAUCCAGGAGAUAAAGGACCUGAUGGCCUCAGGGGUGUGAUUGGAGACUUGGGAAAACAAGGGCCUCCAGGCUCACCGGGCCCACCUGGCCGACCAGGCCAAGAUGGCACCCAAGGUCUUCCUGGUGAGAGGGGCUUCACUGGAAAACCCGGCAUGGCAGGUCCACAGGGGACUGUGGGCAUGCAUGGUUAUCCGGGAGCCACAGGCCUUCGUGGACGACCAGGUCAUAUAGGAGAGAGGGGUGAAUCUGGAAUCCGAGGGCCUGUGGGGCCACAAGGAGCGAGGGGCCCACCUGGUUUACCUGGCCCACCUGGGGAGAGGGGCCCAUCUGGACCACCGGGUCGCCAAGGGGAGUUGGGACUUGUUGGCUUCCAAGGAGUGCCUGGACCCAUAGGGCUACCAGGGACUGAAGGAAAGAGAGGAAAACAAGGCCUCCCAGGGAGCCAUGGCCCUCAGGGGCCUCAGGGAAAACAAGGGCCAGUUGGAUUGCCAGGCUCACCGGGAGCAAGUGGAGUGGUUGGUCAAGCUGGAGAGAAAGGGAAGCAGGGAGUGCCAGGUCCUUCUGGUGACCCUGGUUCUGUUGGAUUGGAUGGAAAACAGGGUCCUCCUGGUCCAGCUGGUUUUGAGGGUCCAUCAGGAGCAAAGGGAGAAUAUGGAUCACCUGGACCCAUUGGAAAUCCUGGCCCAAAUGGACCUCCAGGAGAGCCAGGAUCCCGGGGCUCUCCGGGAAUGCAGGGUGAGCCAGGGCCAAGUGGCAAAGAGGGAGGUAUCGGACCUCCAGGUGAUAUUGGAGAUCCAGGCCCUGAAGGACAAAAGGGAGAUCCAGGACAUAGAGGUUUCUUUGGGCGACAAGGGCCACCUGGAUUUUUGGGGGAUCGAGGAGAGCGAGGAGUGAAGGGGAACAAAGGCUACAUUGGAGUACAGGGCCAGAAUGGGUUGAUGGGAGAAACUGGUCCAUCUGGCUUGAUGGGUCUAGAGGGUUUGAUGGGACCUCUGGGACCACCAGGAGCUAAUGGUUCACCAGGUCCAAAGGGAGAAACUGGAUCACCUGGUGUCACUGGAGAUCCAGGAGAUCAAGGCGAUCAGGGAAUGGCUGGGCAGAGAGGUUUAAAGGGGUUUAUGGGGAAGCCAGGACCUCAGGGAGCCUUGGGUCUCAGAGGCCCUGAGGGCUUACUGGGCCCCAAGGGUAUGCCAGGACAUGAGGGACUUAAAGGUGAACCAGGAGGACAAGGACCUCCAGGGCAAAUGGGACCACCGGGUCUCCCUGGGACUAAAGGAUCUUCUGCAUUGCCUGGGACAGAGGGACCUCCAGGAGAAGUGGGUGAACAUGGCCCUAUUGGCCCACGAGGACCAAAGGGUUCCAAAGGAAGAGCUGGACCUCAGGGGAGAGAAGGACAGAAAGGUCAGAAGGGAAAGAGUGGUCAAGAAGGAGCUCCUGGAAAAACUGGGCAUGCUGGAAGGAGAGGGAAAAGAGGUAAAGCUGGUCAGAGAGGCCUCAGAGGACCCAGAGGGGAGAAGGGACUGAAGGGAACACUGGGAAUGUCUAGACCUCCAGGUGGACCAGGACCAUAUGGUUUACCAGGCAUUCAAGGCGAGAAAGGAGAGAAUGGUGAAAAAGGUUUUGAGGGAGAGAAGGGGGAAAUAGGGCGACCUGGCCCUCCAGGGGGAGAUGGACUGAAGGGAGAGCAGGGCCUUUAUGGGGAGAAAGGGAGAAAUGGACCUAAAGGAGAGCAGGGGGAUAUUGGACCCACUGGUCAAAGAGGGACCCCCGGUCUACCAGGGAUGCCCGGACUGUUUGGAGAAAAGGGUUUGAAAGGAUAUCCAGGGCUUUCUGGUCCAAAUGGAAAGAGAGGUCCUCCUGGCACACCAGGUCUUCCAGGUCCUCCUGGAUUAUCUGUUAACCUAACACUGACUCAGCUAAAAGACCUUAUGUACCUGUCAGACAAGCCCAACUAUCCACUUAUUAGAACCUUGCUGGACUUGCUUCAGCAAGACCUGCGACUCUUCAUAGAUCCACCAGAUGGCACUAAAGAGCAUCCGGCUACCACCUGCCUGGAGUUGAUGCUCUGUCAUCCCAACUUUUCUAGUGGAAUGUAUUACAUCGACCCAAAUCAGGGCAGUUCAGCUGAUGCUUUGCUGGUUUAUUGCAACUUCAGUUCAGGUGGACAAACAUGCUUGCCACCCCUGCAGCCACAGAUACCAAUGAGAUCCUGGCUCAACGACUCCAGGCCAGAUUCAUUUACUUGGUUGAGCUCUAAAGACGGUGGCUUUCAGUUUGAUUACACAGGAACCAGUGUGGUACAGAUGAGAUUCCUACGACUAAACAGCCAGAUUGCAAAGCAGAACAUCACAUUUUCAUGCCAGCCAAACAGCCACCAAGGUACCAGUGAGAGAGAGAUUAAGUUCCUUGCAGAUUCAAGAAGACAGAGCUUUUUGGGAACAUUACAAGAUUGUAAGCCGACAGGCUCACUGGAUACGGGGCCUCUGGAGUUUGUGUUCCAGUUCGAAAGUGAACACCUGGAGCUUUUACCAAUCAGAGAUGUGGCUUUAUUUGGCCACAUGCCAGAAAAUUUUCAAUUUACAGUAGGACAUGUCUGCUUCAGCUAGACAAACACUCUUAUUUGAGGACUUGCUGGACUGCUGUGCAGAGCUCUUAUGAGUAGCUUUUGGCAAAUAAUUAUAAACAAAAGAAGAAAGGCCAUUCUCCAAGAUCAGGACUUCAUCUUUUCUCCUCUCCAUCUGUCUAAGGAAUGGAGAUUCCAAAUGAAGUCUUUAUUUCAUCUUAAGUUUGUAAACUAAGCUAAUUUGUUGUCCAGUGGCAACAGAAAUUUGGUGCACAGCUUCUUAUAAGGAGUUGUUGUAUAUUGUUUACAAUUCAUGUUUUAUGUUAAAUAGCUUUAUUUAUAUGAUGUCAUAAUGUUGGAUGCUACUUAGAAUUCAAUUCACAUUUUAUAAACCACAUAAUUUAAAUAAUUCAAAUCCAUUUAUUUCAGGUUUUGUUGCAGCUUAUGACAGAUAGCACUGUGACGUCUGGCAGCAACAUCUUAUAUUAAUAAACAAUGUGCCUCAAAUUUAGUUUUGCUUGAAACAGAGACUAAUAAUAUUAAAUAAUUCCACACUAUAUUUAUAAUAUCAAAUAAAUAAAAAGCGUAGUUUGGUCAGGUGCUGUGGAAACAUUGUCAAUAAUGCAUGUCAUGUAAAUUAUUAAAUGUACAAUAAUGAAUUAUAUUAAUAGUUUUGAAUAAUGCAGUGUUCAUUGUCAUUUCUGUACAAAUUACAAACAUGGUCGAAACUAUCACCCAUUAAAAAUUAACAAAAAACAAUCAAACAUAUGAUGACAGUUUAGCACAAUGUGUAAACAAGCUCAAUGCAAACUGUCUUUGGAUCCAAAGAACCAUUGCAGUGUGGUUGCUUUAGUAAACAAAAGGAAUCCAAAAUUAUAUUCCAGUUCAUUUAUUUCUGCAAGAUUUGAUUAUUUGCAGUACUAGACCAUGUUCCUGCAGGAAACAUGAUACAAGUUGCACAGCAGUACUCCUGUGCCCAGUUUCUUACUGAUGUCACUGAGAUUGAAAUGUGUACACUGAAACUUAAGUGACAUUUUCAUCAAUGCAUUUCACUAUAAGUAUGGAAAGUGAAGCAUCUACUUUGUCACUUAUAAAAAUUAAACUACGAAAUCAACUUAAACCGUUUAACCGUACCUUUCAAAUGGAAUAUCAGUAAUUAAUUACUGCAAAAAUAGCCACAUUGUCUGGGUGAAGUUGAAUGAUUAUUGAAUUCAAUUGCCCAAAGGCUUAUGUUGAAACUAAGGAGAUGAUUCCAAAAUAGUGAAACUAUCAGCAUUCCAGGUGACUGUGAGAUUAAACUGGUCUGAAACAUUCAAAUGUACAUUGCUCAUUUGUGGGAUUAGACAGUUGUCAAUACCAAGUCAAAAAGAUAGUACAACCCAAAAUGAAAAUUUUUUCAUCAUUUACUCACCCUACUGUUGCUUCAGACCUGUUUGACUUUCUUUCUGUCUGACAAAUGUUUUGUGCUUCACAGAAGAAAAAAAAGUUCUAUUAUGGUGAGUAAAUUAUUACAGAAUGUUAUUUUUUGGGUGAACAAUCCCUUAAAUAUUAAAAUCUGGCUAAUAAUACACAAUGCAUAUGGCUAAGGAAAGAUGAACCCUGUAGCUAUGAGCUGUUUUGUCAACCGCAUGCUUUAGUUUCAGCUAAUCUUUUUUGACCCAUCCAUUUGGGACUGUAAUAUAUGCCAUUAUUAAUCAGGUGGCUUUUACAGAGCAACCCAUGACUGGAAUAAACCAGCCAAAUCAAAAACAAAUCUAAAAAGUCAAUGUGCUUUAAAAGUUAAAACUCUGUUUAGUUCCAAUCAAAACAACAUUGAACAUAAAAUGUUGUACGUAGCUUUGCUAUUAUACUGUAUUUAGUGAGCAACUUGUGUUUGAUUUUAUUUGUUUUGUAAUUUUAAAUACAAGAUUUGUUUUAGUCUGUUGUGUUGGUAUGCUGUUUUUUAUGUGUUCGAAUGAAUAGAAUGUUUUUCUUUGGUCAAGUGUAGGGUUUUCUUUUUAACAUUCAACCUGCCCAGACACAGCAGAUGAAAGUUAGCUACUUUGGCUAAAUCUGGCACAAUUAACAUAAAAUGGUGUUUUGUUCUUUCAUUUGUG